AGGAGGAAGGAACGACCUGGGGGGACGGUGUCAACACGGGAGAACUCUGUUCCAGGAACAAUGUCAGGAAACGUGAUAGAGGGAACGAGCUGAACUGUCUAGCGAGAGACCCCUGGCGUCUCCAUCUCAGGUGGGAAGAGAAGCCCGGCGACCCCACGAGUGAGCUGUAUCCAGCAUGCUCCAAGGCCACAGCCCUGUGUCCCAGGCCUUGCUGGGGACCUUCUUCACCUGGGGGAUGACGGCGGCCGGGGCAGCUCUUGUGUUCGUAUUCUCUAGCGGACAGAGGCGGAUCUUAGAUGGAAGCCUUGGCUUUGCUGCAGGGGUCAUGCUGGCCGCUUCCUAUUGGUCGCUCCUGGCCCCGGCGGUGGAGAUGGCUACGUCCUCUGGUGGCUUUGGUGCCUUGGCCUUUUUCCCUGUGGCUGUCGGCUUCACCCUCGGAGCUGCGUUUGUCUACCUGGCUGACCUCCUCAUGCCUCACCAGGGUGCAGCAGAAGACCCCCAGAUGGCCCUGGCACUGAACCUCGACCCCGCGUUGAUGAAGAAGUCUGAUGCUGAGGGUCCCAGGCUGCUCUUCCCCGAGAGUGAACUUUCCAUCCGGAUAGGUAGAGCUGGGCUUCUUUCAGACAAGAGUGAGAAUGGCGAGGCGUAUCAGAGGAAGAAGGCAGUGACCACCGGCCUUCCAGAGGGCCCAGCUGCCCCCGUGCCGUCUCAGGGGAACCCGGCGCUGCCCGGCGGCAGCGGCUGGAGAAGGAUCGUGCUGCUCAUCUUGGCCAUCACCAUACACAACAUCCCAGAGGGUCUUGCUGUUGGAGUUGGAUUUGGAGCUGUAGAAAAGACGGCAUCUGCUACCUUUGAGAGCGCCAGGAAUUUAGCCAUUGGAAUUGGGAUCCAGAAUUUCCCGGAGGGCCUCGCGGUCAGCCUCCCGCUGCGAGGGGCUGGAUUCUCCACCUGGAGAGCCUUCUGGUACGGGCAGCUCAGCGGCAUGGUGGAGCCUCUGGCCGGGGUCUUUGGUGCCUUUGCCGUGGUGCUGGCGGAGCCCAUCCUGCCCUAUGCUCUGGCCUUUGCUGCCGGCGCCAUGGUCUAUGUGAUCAUGGAUGACAUCAUCCCCGAAGCCCACAUCAGUGGUAACGGGAAACUGGCGUCCUGGGCCUCCAUCCUGGGUUUUGUGGUGAUGAUGUCGUUGGAUGUUGGUCUGGGCUAGUUGCUGAAGUGCCUCGGACCCCGGGAAAGGCAGCACGAGGAAACGGCCGGGAUUGGCUUCUUCAGGACCACAGCCUCUUUCUUCACAUCAAAACGUUUUUCCUUUCCCUCCUUUUUGUCUCAUUAUCCUGAUUGACUCUGAUUAUGACAAUUUUUAGUUUUCUUUUAAGGGAGAUAGUGGUUUUAUUUGGAAUUUCAGGUAGUCACGGAACUACAGAUUUUUUGCUUGGCCACUACAUGGAAUCUUUCUUCGGUGGGAAAACCAAGGACCUACAGAUCAGGGAAGUCUCUGCUUUUGUACCUUUGGUCUCCCUCACUGGACUCAAUGGCAACUCCUCAAGGUCACCUACAGAAGCAAGCUACCGAGAGAGAAGUCUCCCAAGCAUCUUCGCCUAGUGACUCAGAGCAGAAUGGCCAGGACAGCUCUUGCCUGUCCUUCCCGAUCUUUUACCGUUGAUCCUCUGUCCGUCAAGACUGGAACAGGAGCAUCAUGGACAAAGCAACCUACUUCCCAAGGCCCAAGGAGGAACAUGCCUUCUUCUGCCUCCCCCAAGGGGGGGUGGCUGCAUGGGGCGAGACACAGACAAAGGGAAGAAAAUCAGCUAGUCUUUCUCUCUUUCUCUUUUUUUAAGGCAAAGAUUGACACUACUGAAGUUAAGGGAAUUAGGACAACUGUGAACACACAGUGAGCCCUGUGAAAAGAGGACAGGGUAGAGCUUUGAUCGGAGACCUCUGCUCUCUCUGGAUUCCAAGAGCAAACCGGUUUGCCGUGGUUUCCAAGUCCCCCAGACAUGUGUUUUGAUAAGCUUAUAGGCUUCAUUUUUCUAAGAGACUUGGGGACACCAGCAAACUGCUAGAACUCAACUCCUUCAUUUACUUACGGAGGGAGCCACUUAAGCUCAUUUAAGUGAACGAAAGACAUUUGGAAUCUGCACUGGGUCCUUCUCUGUUGACUAUUCGGUAACUUAUAACCUGACCCAGAGCUCUUAAGCUGCUUUGCUGGAUUUUGGCCAGAGAGCUCAGGAUAAGACAGGAAAAGGGGUAGGAAAAGAAGAGGUAUUUUUUACAUUUCCCUUUUAAAGUAAAUUUGAGUCAAGUCAUCAUUCUAAAAUGACCCUAAAGAAUGACUUGAACGAGACUACUCCCUUAUACACACAGCUGCUCCAUCAGGGGUGACAUAACUUGUCUGCUUCCAACAUAGCUAAGGCCUGCCGUCCUCACUGGUUAUAGGAGCCUUUGGGACCUUGAGUGGGCUCUGCUGACAAGGCAGGCAGCCCAGGAGGCAGGUAUUCAGACACUGUGUUAUCAGUGCCUGCCCUGCGUUUACAUGUCUCAUUGCUGCCAAGGGUGAAUACUCUGUUCUGGGAAUGCCCUAUAACCCUACGCUAGAUCUAUGUACGUUCUUCCGGAGCACUGAUGAUCAAAAGUGAAGACACAUGCAGAGGCUUGAUUGGUGGAGAUUCGUUGGUUUGGUGGUUGGCAUAUGGGUAUUUUUAUGUCUUUGUAUGUCGUUCUACAUAAUGCAGACUUCUUUCUGAUGGACAAGACCUCAUAACUGUGAUUAAUACCAAUAAAGGGGAUAUUGUUGUGGA